UUGGCCGGAGCGGGAGCGGGAGGAGAGGCGGAGCUGUGAGCCUCUGGGCCGUCUUCCAGCCAGAUGAGUAGAGUGGAUGGAAUCUCCGAUCACUCCAGUGUCCCGCUAGGUGGACAGGGCCCUCUCCUGGAGCGCAGAGGAGCAGCCCGACAGGAAGCCCUGGUGGACAAUGCCAUCUUGCGGGACAACAGCAGGCAAAGUGGACUGUCGGUCAAUCAGACCAUAGUGGGUUCCCACGGCCCUCUGCAGAGCCAAGCACUAGGUCGCCAGGGAAUGCUAACGGACGGCAACCUCAUGCUGCCCGGAGAUACCAUCAGACGUGUGGAGGGAGACGGCAAUAAUGGGGCUGUGACGAUGGCGCAGGGAGUGACCUGUGUGUCCCAGGUUCUGGGGAAAGGCCGGGGGCCUGAGGGAAUGAGCCAGCUGGAUGAGAAGAAGCGGAGAGAGCAGGAAGACUUGCUGAAGCUGAGAGAGAACGAGACUCUCCUGAAGCUGAGAGAGCAUCAAGACCUGGUGAAGAUGAGAGAACACGAGGACUUUAUGAAGCUCCGGGAACACGAGGAGUUUAUGAAGCUGAGGGAACACGAGGACUUCAUGAAGAAACAGAAGAAUAAGAAAAUCCGCACGACUUCAAAAAUUCUUGUGGUGGGUGAAGACGGCUCCUUUAUGGUCAAAUCUCCCAAGACUCACAUCUGCGAGCAAUGCAGUGCGGCCUUUCGGACCAACUACCACCUGCAGCGGCACAUCCUGAUCCACACAGGUGAAAAGCCAUAUCAAUGCAGCCAAUGUAGCAUGCGAUUUAUCCAGAAGUACCUGCUCCAGAGACAUGAGAAGAUACACACUGGUGAGAAGCCAUUCCACUGUGAUGAAUGUGACAUGAGGUUUAUUCAGAAAUACCACAUGGAGCGGCACAAGCGCACGCACAGUGGGGAGAAACCGUACCAGUGUGAAUACUGCCUCCAGCAUUUUUCUAGAACUGACCGUUUGCUAAAACACAGAAGAAUGUGCCACGAGAAUCAAGGGAAAACCCCCGGCAAGAGCCCUGCGGUGAAAACCGAGCCCAUCAUCCUCACCAUCAACGCUGACGACCGCUUCCUGGCGCUCCAGAAGGAAGGCGGGAAUCCCAGGAAAAAGCUCAAGGCCGCGGAGAAAUCCACACUGCCCGGCUCCAACAAGGAGGAGAGCCUGGGCCGCGGGGAGAACAAGGGGGAUAAAGGCGAUUGCAUGGACUAUUACACCAGCAACUUGAAAGUGAAAGAUGAGUACAAAGUGGAACAAUGUUCCCUGGUGAUUGCUCACGCGUCCCACAGUACUGACGCCCUGGGGGAAGCUUACCACAACAACGCCAGCCUCAACCCCCCGAAGCUCAUCCUCAAGAAAGUCAACGCCAAGAAGAGCCACAAGGCGGGGGAGCAGCUGGCACCCAACAUGUCCGUCACCGGCAGCUACGACCCGGCCAAGGUCAACAAGUACGGCUACGGCAUGGUGGACAACCCCGAGCUGCUAGGGAUCGAGGAGGCGCAGAGCGCGGACCCUUCCCGCAAGCCGGGCAGCAGCAGCAACUACGACGACGCCAUGCAGUUCGUGAAGAAGAAGCGUUUCCUGCAGGGGGUGACCAGCGCCAGCAGGGACUUCCCCUUGUCCGAGGGCCAGAUCGCCAGCCAGCCGGCCGUGUCCCAGCCCCCCGUGCCCCCCGCCCCCGACAACAGCUCCGCGGCCUCCAUGAUGGUGCAGGGGCCGGGCGGCGCGGAGCUCAAGGGCGGGCAGGAUAAGAGCGGUAUCCCCGACGAGGUGCUGCAGACGCUGCUCGAUCACUACACCAACAAGGCCAACGGGCAGGUGCCCUUCUCAGUCAACGACAGCCAAGUGGCUUCCAACAUCACCGUCAGCUCCUCCGACAUCCCCGAGGUGCCUCCGGCGGAGAGAGUGAGCGAGGGCGGACAGCCCCCGGCCCCCGAUAACUGCAACAUGCUGCACGAGUAUUCCAAGUUCCUGCAGCAGGCACUCGAGAGAACCUGCCACAACGACAACUACUCGGCCGAGCAAGGCCUGGCAUACGAGGCCGAGAACCAGGCACUGGGGGGCAGCCUCCAGGUGCAGCCCCUGUUCUCCACACUGGAGAGGCAGGUGUUUGCCACCAUGGUCACCCAGCACGGCUUCAGGCCGGACCUCACCUCCUCCCUCCGGCUGCCCACGCAGAAGUCUCCGUACAGCCUGCUGGUAGGGGAAGCCCAACAGCCCUCCUUCGCCUUCAUCCCCACGGUGACGGGCGGGGGGAACGUGCCGGCCCCCCAGGACUUCAUCGAGCAGGUGGCCUCGCAGAAGAAGCGCGAGGACCCACCCAGCCACCGAGACCACCAAAUGGGGGCCUUCGGCCAGGCCGCCCGCUUGCACUUUGCGGGCUCCGCGGGGGAGAUGGCUCCGGCUUUCGGCAGCGGAGCGGGGGGGCAGGUCAACCUGAGGGUGAGGCCGGGCGGGGCGGAUUUUGCCGAGUUUUCCUUAGUGAACGAGGGCAGGGACGGGAUGAGCAGCUCGCCGGACACCGCAGGGGGACAGGCCUUCAGGUGAAACCAUCGGGAACCGGGCUGGGAAAACAGGCGGCGAGGUGAGAUGUGACUGGACGAGAUGACUUUCAGGGGAGGCGUUUGCUCUCUGUUCCUGACCUUCUCCAGGAAGAACUAAAAUGGGGAAAAAUAUCAAAAAAGCAAUUUUUUUUUUUUUUUUCUUUCCGGUCGGACAGAAAACCCCUCCCAGAAGCAACAAAACAUGAACACGAGGCAGCUGUAAGGAGUUGACCAGAGCAGUAUUUCUAGUCCGGUUGGUCGGUUGGUCGGUGCCAGCUUUUUGCCACCGGAACGUGUCUGCAUCCCCAGGGGCCAUUUUCCUGCCUGGCCCAUCUCUCUCUCGCUCUCUUCCCCCAACUCCACCGACUGCAGCCUCACCUUUGUUUGCUGGACGCCACUUAUCUCUUACAUCUCCAGCCCUGGGCAGAUCGGACGCCAGACCAGGCCAGGUCGGGCUAGCCAGACUGAAGGCAAACCCAGUGCUGCUGCCCGCCCUGGCCUAUCACCGUCGCGGAGACCGCCCCCUUUCCUGUUGCUGUUUCUCAGAGACGGACUGAGGCCGGCUGAUCACGACGCUGGCUCCACAUGGCUGUACACUCAGCGCAGUUGGACCUGACCCCAGACUACAGUAACCAGUUCUUUCAGGUUUGUCUUUUGAAGCGAGAGAGAGGCCCAAACCAUGGGGAUGGGGUAGUCGGGGGGUGGGGUGAGCUCAGGCUCAAUCCAGCCGUGGGGGAGUUGGACUCAAUCACUGGGAGAGGAGAAGGGGAGGUAGAUAAGAUCAGCUCCUGGGGGAGUGGUGGGGUUUGAUGACCCAGUCACUGGAGCCUACAGGGUUUGGCAGUUCUCUGUGUGCAGAGGGAAUGAGUGUCUGCAAAAGGCAAACUGGAGAGAAAGUGACCUGUGGUUGAUGGCCAUCAGCACCGAGCCUGUGGCCUGCACAGACCGAGGCUCGUUAGCUCCCGUCUCAGUGACACAGGACGGAAUCCCGUCUGUCCUGGGGCCAAAUGAGGUGCUGUGUGGUCUGGUAACACUACAGCUGGACCUAGUCUGUUCAACCACAACCUUUCUGUCCUGUCCUGUCUCCCUCUGGAGCAGGUUACUGACCUGUAAGAACAAACACACACACACACAAGC